AUGUCGCAGCAAUACCAACAGGUUCCCCUCCAGCCCGAGGGCAUUCCUCUUCAACAGCAGUAUCAGCAACCGCAACAGCCCGUUGCCCACGUCCCCGUGGCCCACGCCCCCGUGGCCGCGCCUGCUGCCGCCCACUCCAAUGUCCUCGUCACUCCUACUUGGAAGCUCGCCGUUCGAGGUGUUCAGAUUUUCAUCACAUUGGCCGUCCUGGGAUUGAGCGGUCACAUCAUCCAUGGCGCUUACAUGGAUCCCUUUGGCCUCGCCAUCGCGGUUGUUGUGCUCAGCUGGGUCGGUCUCGCCUACAUUCUCUUGACUGAAAAGGUCGCCAGUCUGCGAUCCGCCUACAUCGUCUAUGCCGUCCUUGCCGUGGACCUCUUCCUUACUAUCAUGUGGCUCGCCACCAUGGGCGCCACCGCCCACAUGAGGGCCGCCUUCAAGUACACCGCCAACAUCAGCGGAUGCUACGACGACGGCAGCCUUAUCGGCAGCAUGACGUGCUUCAAGCUCAGGAAGCGCGGCUUCGUCGCUGGCCCGGUUGGCCUUGCCGAGAUGACCGUUGUCGCCUGCAUCAGCGCCUUGAACUUCAUUCUGUUCGCCGUGUGCUUCGUGACCUCCCUUCUCGCCUUCUUCCGACAGCGCAAGACUGCCACCCCCGGCGGUGUCCCCGUCGCUGAUGGCGGCGAGAAGCAGCAGCCCGUCGUCUACACCCAGCCCGCCCCGGCCGCGUACCCCACUCAGGCCCCUGCCGCCUACCCUCAGGCCGCCGUGCCCGCCGCCGUGCCCGUCCAGCAGGCUUACCAGCAGCAGCCCAUCCAGCCCAUCCAACCCCAGUACACCGGUGGCUACCCUCAACAGCAGCAGCCUAUCCAGCCCCAGUACACUGGUAGCACCUUUAGCCAGCCCAUUGCUCCUCAGUACACCGGCGGCAACAUCUCGACUCCCACUCCUCCCCGCAAAACGUCUACGAGGCUCCCGGAACCCAGCCUGCCCAGCCCCAGCAGUACGCUCCCAGCCCUUACCAGCCCUCGGUGUCGCCCGCUCCCCAGCAGACCUACCAAGAGCUUCCCGUAG